UCGGAGGUGGCGGAUGAGCAGGGUGGCGCGUCGAGGUUGUUCGCGGGGGGCACUUACUUCGCCAUGGACAACAACACGUUCGCGGAGGCGCGCAUCAGGGCCGCUUUCUACCCCAAAUUCGAGGACGACAAGUCCGAUCAAGAGACAAGAAAACAGAUGAUUGAGAUGGUGUCGCGUGGCUUUGCUACCAUUGAGCUACACUGCUGUGGGCGUUUUUGUCCUGGACCGUAUGUUUCAUGAAGCUUGGGGAAAGGAAGCUCCUCAAAUACAAGCAGAAUUUAAUGAUUAUCUCCAGAAAAACCGGAUAAACAUUUCAAUGGAGCUUGUAACGGCUGAAUUAGGAGACCAUGGGCAAAGGCCAAAGGAUGAUUAUGCCGUGGUUACAGCUGUAACAGAGUUGGGUCAUGGCAAACCAAAGUUCUAUUCUACUCCAGACGUGAUUGCCUUUUGUCGAAAAUGGCGCCUAUCGACAAAUAAUGUCUGGCUAUUUUCCACAAGGAAAUCUGCUACUUCUUUUUUCGUUGCCUAUGAUGCAUUGUGUGAAGUGGGGACUGCCACACUGGUUUGCGAAGCCCUUGACAAAAUAGCUGAUAUAUCUGUACCAGGGUCCAAGGAUCAUUUAAAGGUACAGGGUGAGAUACUUGAAGGUCUGGUUGCCCGUAUUGUUACUCAUCAAAGUUCAGAUCAAAUGAAAGAAGUCUUGAGAAGCCUCUCACAGGCUCCAUUACAUGGAGUUGAAUCUGAUUUAGGACCAAGUUUACGUGAAAUAUGUGCCGCUAAUAGGUCAGAUGAAAAGCAGAAAAUUAAAGCAGUUCUUGAAAAUGUCAGAUCUUCAAUGUGUCCAGACCACUCUGAUUGGUUUGGAAACAGUAGUCUUGAUGCUCAGUCUCGAAACACUGAUAAAUCACUUGUCACUUACUUUUUGGAAGCACAUCCUACAGACUAUGCAACUAAGAAAUUGCAGGAGAUGUUUCGUUUGAUGAAGCAGAGACAUUUCCCUGCAGCGUUCAAAUGUUACUUGAAUUACCAAAAUGUUGAUUCUCUUUCAUACAAGAUGGUUAUCCAUGUGCGCAAUGAUUCUAUUUGUAAACAUUAUCAGCAAGAGAUGAGGAAAAAUCAAGGGUUAUGGCCACUGUACAGGGGUAAGAUGGACGAUACAACAACAACAACAACAACAACAACAACAACAAAGCCUUUAGUCCCAAACAAGUUGGGGUAGGCUAGAGGUGAAACCCAUAAGA